UAUUAUUACACGGAAGCCGCAAGCACGGCUAGCCAUUGCCGCACUAGCCGUCCCAUUGCUUCCUCCCCGCCGCACAGAGCAAUGGAGAGGCAGAGGAGCUCCUCCUCCUCCUCCCCGUAUCAGUUUCUUAGUCCCAAGAGCCUCCUCCUACUGUCCUUCGCCUCCUCCUCCCUCCUCUUCUCCUUCCUCUUCGCGCUCUUCGCCAUCCGCCACGGCCGCCCCCUCAACCUCCCAUUCACCACGCCCAACACCUCAUACUCAUUCGCCAUGCCCAACACCUCAUCCUCGUUCGCCAUGCCCAACACCUCCACCGCGGCCCUUGCACCGUUGCCGCCUCCUGGGAACGGUGGGGGUUCCAUGGGCGGCGCGGUGGCGCUGGCAGCAGAGGCCGGUUAUGCGGUCCGUGGGCACGGGAGUGGAGAUUCAGUGGCGGAUGGAGCCCGCCGCGCGGUUACCGGAGACCUGUCCGCUCGGGGCGUGGGCCCGCCAAUGGAGGUGGAAGGAGCGGUUACUGGAGGAGGAAAUGGUGGAGCACCGGCGACUGGUAAGGUUUUGGAGGCGCAAGAGGUUGCAGGAGCUGGGAAUAACUCUACUGGAACCUCGGAUUUGGCUAUGCAUGCUAAAGAAAAAGAAGUAACCGGUGUGGGAGGAGAUGCCGACAAGUUGGGGAAAUUUCCUGUUCGGAAGGAAAACUUGGCCGAGGGUAGCAGGCAACACGUUGGUUGGGAAACAAAGACGCAGCUAAAUGCUGGCAGUGCUUCUUCGUCACAGGAAGUAGAUGCGUCAAUGGUGAGACCGGAGGGAGCAGAGUCUUUGACAGCCGUCAAUUUGUCCAUGGAUGAUGAAGCUGCAAUGCAGGUGAGAGGUGAAUCCGUCGUGCAAGACGAUGUUGUGGUUGUGGGGGAUAAGCGCUAUUCCUCUGUACAAGCAGCAGCUUAUGCUUCUGAGCAAGUGGAGCAGCUGGAAAGCUCGCAUCUUUCAGCGGGGAACAAUAGUUCCUUGGCAGCUCCAGCUCCAGCCAAUCAAAAUAAGCAAGAUCCUAAUCUGAUUGAGGAAGAAGCGGUCACGAGCAAAAUGGAUUCUACACGAAGCGAUACCAAACGUUGUGAUGUUUAUGAUGGAAGUUGGGUGUUUGAUGACGAGACCUAUCCACUCUACACGAGUGACUCAUGCCCUUUUAUAGACGAAGGAUUCAGCUGUGGAGCAAAUGGGAGAACGGAUCAAAGAUACAUGAAGUGGAGGUGGCGACCUAACCAUUGCAAUAUACCAAGGUUUGAUGCUAGGAAAAUGCUUGAGACGCUGCGAGGAAAGCGACUGGUGUUUGUCGGGGACUCCAUCAACAGGAACCAGUGGGAGUCCAUGAUGUGCUUGCUGAGAACGGCUGUCCCAGAUCCUGGAAGGAUUCAUGAAACCCGUGGCCGCAGGAUCACUAAAGAGAAGGGUGACUACAACUUCAAGUUCUUGGACUACAACUGUAGUGUGGAGUAUCAUGUGACGCACUUCUUGGUGCACGAAAGCAAGGCGAGAAUUGGGCAGAAGCGCAUGAAGACGCUACGGAUCGAUACCAUCCAUCGGAGCUCAUCGAGAUGGAAAGGUGCUGACGUGCUUGUGUUCAACACUGCCCAUUGGUGGUCACAUCACAAAACACAGUCUGGAGUGAACUAUUAUCAAGAGGGAGAUCAUGUCCAUCCCCAUCUCGAUGCCUCUACCGCUUUCCAAAGAGCACUAACCACCUGGGCAUCCUGGGUCGACAGUCACAUCAAUCCACAGCUAACUCGAGUGUUCUUCCGAAGCUCAUCCCCGUCACAUUUCAGUGGUGGGGAGUGGAAUUCAGGGGGACACUGCAGGGAGAGCAUGCUGCCCCUCAAUGACACCCGUGCUAGGCCGGUGCCUGAGAGAAACUUGAUCUUGGAACAGGUCACGAAGCAAAUGAAGACUCCUGUGACAGUUCUGAACGUUACUAAUCUGUCUGGGGUCAGGAUAGAUGGUCACCCAUCUGUAUAUGGCCGGAAGACGGUAGGUUUAACCGCGUCGAGCGUCCAGCAGGACUGCAGCCACUGGUGCCUUCCUGGAGUCCCAGAUACAUGGAAUGAACUGUUAUUCUACCAUCUACUGUCGCCGCAAGAAAAGGAUGUAACAAGUUAGCGACUGAAUUAUUUGCCCGCUCUUUUUUUUUGUUGGGUCGGGAUAUUUAUUAGUCUUGCCUUGUAAAUGUUAAUUUAGUUUGAAAAGAGGGCGCAAGUGCACAAUCAGCCAAUCACGUUUGUCUCGGAAGUCUGCAGCCAAUAAUGUGACAUGCAAAUACCCUACUAUCAGGCUCUCUAGUAACACUACUAAUGAAUCAUCAAAUACUUUCAGGAAUAAAGUGUACAUUUGAGUGUUUGACAAA